AAAAAAAAAAUUGAAAGAACUAAAGCAAAUUGAACUUCGAAAUGAAGGUGGUAUUUUAUCUUACUGGACAAAAUUACAAAACUAUACACCAAAAAAGAUUGUGAUUGAAUCUAAAAUCACUUUUGAUGACUUGACUGAUGCAACCCCAUCAAUUACAAAUAGUGAAAACAGUGAAAAAGGCUUACAAGAAAACUCCAAUUCGUUAAAAGUUUUAAAAAUACCUGCGCCAAAACAAGAUCAGUUAAAGAAUGAAAUUUUUAUUUUACAAAAAGAUAUCGCAUAUUUUACUACAAAAAAAAUUGCAACUUGUUGUCACAAGAGGACCACCAUAUAUUAAGACAAAAACAAAAACUUUUGAUUAAAAAAAACCGAGAUCUUGUACUUUGUCAAAAAGCCACUGAACGUCAAACAGCAGCCAGACUAAAAAGAAAAAAAGCAAUAGAAGCUUUAGAUCCGGAUAUUAGAAAAAAGUUGCGUCGUAUUAAAAAUGCAGUAUCAAAAGGUCGACCACUAGCCUUUGAUCAGGACAGUUUAAUUAAAACGAUUGUAGAUAUUGCCUUGAAAGGUUCUGCUUCUAAUGAUCGGAGAAGAACUGAAAUUGUUCGAACUGUAAAAACAUUAGAUGACUUGGUUGAAGAAUUAAAAAACCAUGGUUACAAUCUCUCCAGAUAAGGAGUUUACUUAAGAUUACUUCCAAGCAGAUCAUUGAGCACAGAAGGAAAAAGAAAUGUUAAUACUGCACCUGUUAGACUAAUAAGAAAACAAAUGAUAUCUGAGCAUAAAUAUCAUGCAGACACAAAAUUUGCCAAAUCAUCCAUUAGUGCCCUUGAAGAACUUGCUGCAGUCUUGGGUCCAAAAGAAGUGACGUUUCUAUCCCAGGAUGAUAAAGCUAGGGUGCCAAUUGGAUUGACAGCUGCAAACAAACAAGCACCAAUCAUGAUGCAUAUGGAGUACAAGGUGACAUAUGGAGUACAAGGUGAUUAUGAUUUUGUAAUUGCUCCUCAACACAAACUUUUUCCUUCAGUAAUUGCAGCUAUAGAAAUCAAAAAAGAUUGCAUGUAAAAAGAAGCAGUCACAUACUCUGGCCCAACAUACAUAGCAAUCAGAAGUGCAAAACAUGAUUCAUCAACAGCACUCAGUCACUUAGAAGACAUUAAUAGAAUCAACAAUCUUCCUGCAUUUGAAAGCAGCUUACUUACUGAAGAUGGAGUUAGCAAACCAGUCAUGAUUAUAACUGUUGAUAGUGGGCCAGACGAAAAUCCAAGAUAUGAAAAAAAAAUUCAUUGUGCCAAGACUUAUUUCAAAGAGCAUGACCUUGAUGGCAUGUUUGUGGCAACCAAUGCUCCUGGCAGAAAUGCCUUUAACAGGGUAGAGAGAAGAAUGGCUCCGCUAAGUCAUGACCUUGCAGGAAUUAUACUUCUAUUUAAUCAUUUUGGAAGCCAUCUUAAUUCAAGAGAAGAAACAACAGACAAACUUAUGGAGAAGGCAAAUUUUGCCAAAGCUGGCGAAGUUCUUGCACAAAUUUGGUCCAGCACAGUCAUUGAUGGAUUUGAAACUAUUUCAGAGUACAAAGAACCAAACAGUGAAAAUCGUGUACAAUUAAAGCAGUUUAGAGCAGAGUGGGAUGCUAAACAUGUCAAAGAAAGUCAAUACUUGCUUCAAAUUGUAAAAUGUAAUGAUUAAAACUGCUGUGGUCAUCGUUGCAGCUCAC